AUGGCCGGCUCGUCCGCAACAAAGAAGAAGAAGGGCACAGCUUCCACCGUCAAAAAGAACCCCAAGCGACCAAAGUCGACACGGGAGCCCAAGAAGCCAAAGUCGGCGCGCUCAGCGGUGGGGAGUGAGGCCAACAGCACCGCGGCGGAAGAUGCAUCCGACGAGGACGACGAGUCCGACAAUGGGCCAUACUGCAUCUGCCGAGGGCCGGAUGACCACCGCUGGAUGAUUUGCUGCGAGAGAUGCGAGGACUGGUUCCACGGCGAGUGCGUGCACAUCAGCAAGGACAUCGGAGAGAGCCUCAUCGAAAAGUUCAUUUGUCCAAACUGCACGUCCGACAAUCUGGUGACCAUCUACAAGAAGACGUGCACGCUGGCCUCAUGUCGAAAAGCAGCCCGCCUGACUCACAGUCCGCCAAGCGUCUUUUGUUCGGAUGAGCACGCCCAGCUGUGGUGGGAGCGGAUGCUGGCCAAGCUACCCAAGGCCAGGACAAAGUCUGCUCUCAGCGAUGAGCUGUCACAGGAGGAAUUCAUGGCUCUGCUCAGCAGCGACCUUGCUACUAUUGAUGGCGAUGGGUCAUGGACUUUGCGGGCUCCUUUCUCAGGAAAGCCAGCAGAAGUGAAUGGAGAUGAUACAGACGAAGAGAAAGAAUACUUGGAGAAGAAGGCAAACGCGCGGUUCAAGCUUGCAGAAGAGACUCUGCUCUGCCAGAAGAUGAUAGCACUCGUCGAAAUGGUGCAUGAACGCCGCCGAGCAGCCAUCAGCGCCGGCCGUAUCGGAGAGGACAUUUGCGGCUACGACCAGAGACUCGACUCCAUCGGAGCCAGAGACGCGUUUGCCGCCUUUGUCAAGUCUCCCGAGGGUGAGGCCAUUUUCCAAGCGUCAAAGGUCGACGAUCCUCAGGGAGAAGGCGAUGACGUUCGGGGCAUGUGCGAGCGGAAGCGGUGCAAGAUCCACAGUGGCUGGCAUAAGAUGCUGCUCCUUGCUGUUAAGUACCAGAUCAAGGAGAUGGCGGACCAAGCGGCCGAGGUUGGCGAGGAUGAGCGCAUCCUCCGGGAGGCUGCAGAGGAGAGGUGGAGGAGGAGACAGGCUGAGAAGAAUUGGGUGGAGGUGCUGGAUGGGUAG